GCUUCCGGGCUGGCAGCAGUGUUCCCGGCGACGCUCAGAUUUUUGCGGUUUCGCCACAAUUUUAGAUCCGAUUUGUCCUUAAAUGGAACAACGAGUUUUAUCUCCACCCAAGCACGCCGCGGUUUAAAGAUGAUGUCGGUGUGAAAAUAAAGAAGGUUUAGACUCCGGGAUAAAGCUCCUCGGCUCAGACGUAGCCGCGGAGAAAAGAGAUCUGGUUGUCCUGCUGCACAGAAGACUUUCCGCCUGCAACUCUCACCUUCAGCAGCAAGUCAAUACCUCACAGAGCAGUGACAAGUGCGUCAUCAUUGCGCUCCUGGUUUGAUUCCCCUCCAGCAAGGACUUCAUCUGUGAAGAUGAAGUUAAAGGAGGACAUGAACCCCCUGCUACUGCAGGUGUUCCGCUCUGUCGUCUGGGUCUACUCUGUCAUCACCUUCAUACCCUGGUACUUCUUCUCCGGAGCUGGCAAUAAUUUGGAACAGGCACGGCGUAUGAAGGCGCGCUCAGUGAGCAGAAACCCAGCGGGUCCCUACAGGGCCAUCAACAGCCAAGAGAAGCUGGUAGCAUGGUCGCACCCUGGGGUGGACACCCUGGACAAAAUGUUUGAACACGCUGCAAAGAAGUUUCCACAGAGAGACUGUCUGGGCACCAGGGAGACGCUCAGUGAGGAGGACGAGAUCCAGCGUAACGGGAAGAUCUUCAAGAAGGUAAUCCUGGGUAACUAUAACUGGCUAUCGUACGAAGAAGCCUACCAGGCCUCAAAGUGUUUUGGCAGUGGCCUUGCGUCUCUCGGCCAGAGGCCUCUGUGUAAGAUCGCCAUCUUCUGUGAGACCAGAGCCGAGUGGGUGGUGGCAGCACAAGCCUGCUUCAUGUACAAUUUCCCACUUGUGACGCUGUACUCCACCCUUGGACCCAUGGCUAUCGCCCACGGCCUGAAUGAGACCGAGGUGACGCAUAUCAUCACAAGCAAAGACCUGCUUCAUAGCCGACUUAAGGCCAUACUGUGUGAUGUGCCGAGGCUGAAGUACGUCAUUGUAGUGGACAGUAAACCCACAAGCUGGCCCGACAUCCCCAGAGGCAUCAUGGUCUACAACAUGGAUGCUGUGAAGGAGAUGGGAUACAAGCCUGACAAUAUGGCUGUCGGGCGCAGACAGCCACAGUCCUCAGACAUCGCUGUCAUCAUGUACACCAGCGGCUCCACAGGCAUCCCCAAGGGUGUCAUGAUCUCCCACGGCAACAUAAUUGCUGGGAUCACUGGGAUGGCGGAGAGAAUUCCUAACCUCAAUGAGACAGACACCUACAUUGGCUACCUUCCGUUGGCCCAUGUUUUAGAGCUCAGCGCUGAACUGGUGUGCAUCUCUCAUGGCUGUCGCAUCGGUUUCUCCUCCCCCCAGACUCUGGCCGACCAGUCCACCAAGAUAAAGAAGGGCAGCAAAGGAGACACCAGUGUGCUGAAACCUACUCUCAUGGCUGCUGUACCAGAGAUCAUGGAUCGGAUCUACAAGAAUGUGAUGACCAAAGUGGAGGAGAUGAGCAAGUUCCAGAGGACGCUGUUUGUGCUUGCUUACAACUACAAGAUGGAGCAGAUCUCGAAAGGCUACACCACGCCUCUCUGUGACAGUCUAGUGUUCAAACGGGUGCGUUCGCUGUUGGGAGGCAACACGAGGGUGCUGCUGUCUGGCGGAGCGCCGCUCUCUGCUGCCACACAGCGCUUCAUGAACAUCUGCCUGUGCUGCCCUGUGGGGCAGGGCUACGGCCUGACGGAGACCUGUGGAGCCGGCACUAUCAGCGAGGUUUGGGACUACAGCACGGGACGGGUUGGUGCUCCACUCAUUUGUUCAGAGUUCAAACUUAAGGACUGGCAGGAGGGUGGUUACUUCAGCACAGAUAAGCCCAACCCGCGGGGAGAGAUCGUGGUCGGCGGGCCCAAUGUCACGAUGGGUUACUACAAAAACGAAGCCAAGAACCGUGAUGACUUUUUCGUGGAUGAGAAGGGCCAGAGGUGGUUCUGCACUGGAGACAUUGGGGAGUUCCACUCGGACGGAUGCCUCAAGAUCAUCGAUCGUAAAAAGGACCUGGUGAAGUUGCAGGCAGGCGAGUACGUGUCUCUUGGGAAAGUGGAGGCUGUUUUGAAGAACUGCGCUCUCAUUGACAACAUCUGCGCCUAUGCCAACAGUGACUACUCGUAUGUGAUCAGCUUUGUGGUGCCGAACCACAAGCAGAUAAUGGCGCUGGCGGAGCAGAUGCAGUUGCGGGGCACAUUGGAGGAGCUCUGUAACAACUCACAGAUGGAGGAAAAGGUCCUUGGCAUAAUUACUGAAGCUGCUAUCUCAGCAAAACUGGAGCGUUUUGAGAUCCCCAAGAAGAUCCGGCUGAGUUCUGAGCCCUGGACUCCAGAGACCGGCUUGGUGACCGACGCGUUCAAACUGAAACGCAAGGAGAUCAAAACGCAUUACCUGGAAGACAUUGAGCGAAUGUACGGGGGGAAAUAACACACAGACACUGUCCGGACCACACACACAAACACAUUUACACAUGUACUUGCACACAUAACCCAAGGAACUCAGAGGCCACUACCAGGACAAACGUGGAGAGGAGCUGUACGUUAGAACAGGUAACACACACACAUUAAAACAGAGCAAACAGGGGAAUUUACUCUUGAAUCGGACUCAAUGCUUUCUGCGACGACCAAAAGGCAAGAAGGUCCCUCGCAAGACAACGGAAACCAGCCAGACGCACACGAGGCAACGCACUCACCACUCCUCCUUGAUGGAUUUCUUUUUAUCCCCUCCGAGUUGCCAUGACAACCGAGGCGGCACACAGACUCUGAUGUCUGCAUGACUCGGAGCGAAGCAAAUGUCAGGCUAGACGAAUCUGGAUCAGUGUCAGCUCGUUCCCAUCCCUCGCCGCCUCCUCCUCUCCGAUCUCUGCUGCUUCUCUUCCUUCCUCCCCCUUCUCUCUGGAGCCUUCCACCACUUCAGCAUGGUCGUGGACUUGCAGUGCAGACACCCGGCAGAAGAAAUGAAUAGAAGGAUCCCUCCUGGGCUAUGAUUCAUAUUCAGGUUGGAAUCUACGCAGGGAUCUCGAUCAUCUUAUUUUUUUAAUAUGUGUUGCAAAGUUUCCCUCAUGUUUGGGUUUCAGCUUUGAACCAUGUUCCAUUAGUGGUUUUUGUAUGUGACGAGUCUGUGUUGUGAAGCCAUGAGAGAUUGAGCAAUGAAGAUGUUUUAAAAUAGUUUUUCCAUGCUGUUAUUUUUAUUGUUUUAUUACGAGUGUUAUUUUAUUCUUCCUCUUGUUUUUGUUGACAUUUUUCUUUAUGCUAAUUUUAUUUUAAAGAGCUUUGUUUGUAAGCUUUCUAUCUCCCUUUAUUUGCUCAUAUCCCAAAGGUUGUACAUUCGAGUGUGUGUUUACUGACUUGACUCCAGUCCUCAACCCCCUCUGAUCUUGCCCUUUUCUGAUUGUGAUCCUUUUGGGAUUUUUUUCAAAUCCUACUAUUUUGGGCCCAAAUCAAAUUUUCUCCAUAUCGGAGCAGCGCCCCCUAAUGGAUGCCUCACAACCUAAGUCUUUUGGGCUUUUCUUUUGGCAUCAUUGAUCCCGUGAAGACCUUCAGGUAUUAACAUCCGUCCGGAGUGAUCCAAUCAAAUGUGGACAGUGUUGAGCACAGGUGGGAAUGUGCCCAAAAUGCAUCCUCAACAAAUCCUCAGAUCCAAAUCACUCACGUUUGCAGGGGUUGGCGGAAGCAUGUGACCUCAUUAUUUUUGCUGUGUGAAUGCAAUUGCGUCCUGGGCCAGAUAUGAAGGGCCCCUCCCCCGGCUCCUACUCAGCUGACGCCCUCUGACGAGCUACAAUCUAUCAAUCAUGUUUUUAUGCUCCUCGGUGCCAUCAACACAGAUCCUCACAUAAUUAUUGAUACUUUCCUUGAAUGUUAAAUUCGCUGCAAACCUUCAUUCAAUCAGCCGCUGGUGACUUCACUCGCUCUCUUUCUCUAACUCGGGCUAACACAAACAUUUUCAGCGGACACAUCUUCAAACAUAAACUGGGAGAAAACUGCAUCACUCGGUCUGGUAUCAGAAAUAACAACCGUGUUUAUUUGCACAUAGAGAAGUGAGAAUUGAUCAAGUGAUCCCGAGUCACGUUCAGGACCCAUUUUAAAGUCGGGUGUUAAAGGGCGUGUGAUCGGAUCUCCUCGGGACGGAUCGGAAUGCCGGGUGUGAACAGGGUGAUUGAUGUGCAGGAGCCCUGCCCCAUCUGACCUAUACAUUGUAUUGAUGUCUCUAAUAAGGCGACUCAGCAUACUACAGAAGCAUUUCAUUCCCUUGUUCCUUAAGUUUGUGCGACCCUACAUGUAGCCCCUCAUGCCAUAGAUCUAUUAACUUUGGUUACUUUUAUCCCUUUUUUUUUUUUACUUCUGAAUAUGAUAUACAAAAUGAAUGUGCAAUAUUUAUACACAAAAUGUAACGUGUGUUGGAAGGAUAGUAAUGCACAGACGGCAGCCCCUCCAUAGUGAAUGAAUGUCUAGGCCUGUUACUGUCCACCUCAGUGCAUCAUGGGAAGUCUGUAGGAUACAAAUAAGCCCAGAAAUAUUAAAGGUGACAAAGGUAGAGACACUGAUAAGGAAGUCGAGAUGUAGCCCGUUUGAACGCCCCAUGCUGAAAGAUGUGAUGUUCUUUCUUCUUUCUUUUUUUACAUGAAACUUGUAAAGUGAAAAACUUAAACUUUUUGGCAUUGUAGAAAUUGCAUGAUGAAAUGUGUGCAUCCGUACCAAAGCACCUAAAUAUAUUUAAUGUGAGAGACAGAAGCCGGAGAACGGCGCUCCGAUGGAAUCCCUCACUCCUUUAAUUGAUGGCGAGCAGACGCCGACUUGACCUCACCGAGUGCAGACAAGGUUUCUCUAUCUCCAAAUUAGUUUAUGUGUAUGAUACCGUACGUGCAAUGACUAGAAUAAGCUCUUGGAUUCUGCUAAUCGCCAUUUAUUUGAACCCUUGUAUAACGGACACAUUGAUUACUGUAGGUAUUUCAGAUUGAUAGUGAUACAGCGGCAUCGAUACAAACUUGCUUCUGCAUCUCUUUGUCUUCUUUAGGUUUAUGAACACUAGAUUAAACUGUUCGGUCGCUGGUCAACAUCUUUGUUUAAGCGGCUCUCUCGAGGCGAACUCUGAUUUGCUUGUACUGAGGACAGAUAGCAGGACUCUGUAGGUAUUCAAAAUAAAACACUCACUAAAAUAUCUACUAGCUUAAGAAACAAGUUAAUUUUUAGCAUGUAGAAGUUUGAAGAUUAUUUUAAUGUAAAUAACAUCUCUCCUGGCGUUUCAGUGAAAAGUCAGAUUACUGUGCUGUUUGCUGCUUUUUCCUCUGCCCGGCCAGAGGCGGCUAGUUGCACUCCCUGCGUUCUGUGGAUAGCACACAAGCCGUGUCCCACUAUCUUCACAUCCAUUUGAACUAACGGCAAAGCAAAGACAGCGAGGAUGGGUUGGGGUGUGAAGAUGAAUUUCACCUCUCCGGUUGUUUUCAUUUGCGAUGUAAAUAUGUCUCGAGGGGUCGGGGGGAUUGAUGAUCAAACUACCAAUAACUGUACAGGUGUAGAGCCUCCUGUUGACAUAUGUAAUCUUUGUUACUGACAACAGCUUGGAGUCUCCUCCUCAUUCUGUGGUGAAGCAGCCCAGCGAGUCGGGCUAUUGCAAGUGUCUCCUUCCUUAUUUAUUUGUGAUUUGGCCUUGGAAAUGAUGUAAUGAAAUAAACUAAAAGGUUUGUGUUGUAA